UUCUGUUUAUUGUUAUAGGUUUUGUUGUUAUAUACUAGAGUUAUUGUAGGUUAACGGUGCAAAAAUGCGUAACGUCGAAAUUAAAGCUAGAGUAAAGAAUAUUUCAAAAAUAAUAAAUAUAGCCAGAACCCUAAGUGGCAAACAAGAACAAAUAAUAAAACAACAUGAUACAUUUUACAACUGUAAUCAUGGCAGACUAAAACUAAGAAAAUUUGAAUCUGGUGAAGGGGAGUUAAUUUUUUACGAUCGUCCAGAUUCGGAGGGUCCCAAACUUUCUUGCUAUGACAAAUCCGACAUUCCAGCCAGUACAACAGAGUCUCUUCAUUUAGUCUUGGACAGCGCUCUGGGUUCCAAAGGAGUCGUCAAGAAAACCCGGCUACUUUUCAUGGUGGGCCAAACUAGAGUUCACAUUGAUUCAGUUGAAAAUCUUGGCGACUUCAUGGAACUUGAGGUUAUGCUAAAUCCGGGACAAUCUGUUGAAGAAGGUGAAAAAAUCGCCAACGAUUUAAGGGAAAAACUUGGUGUGGAAAAGGAAGAUCUUUUAUCUGGAGCUUAUACUGAUAUGUUAGCUAAAUAAAACAAAAUUGAUUAUACAA